CGCGGAAUCUUUUUCUGGGAGAGCUGUUUGCUUGCUGAACUGCAAUCAUCCUCGAGUCUGCCGAGUUAUCGCGCAACUCAUCCAAUCUCUUUCUUUCUCUAUCGCUUCCUAUUUCCCUUUAAUAAUUAUUCCCCAUGUCGGCCCAGAAUCCAAUCACUACGGGGCAGGGCGUCCCAGAUUUUGCGUCAUCAACACCUCCUUCUUCAGUAUGGGAUCGAAUAUCGACAUGGGCAUCAGAAAAUAAAGCUGUGGUGUACACAAUCGCUGGUGUGGCAAUAGUUGUCACAGGAGCCGGCGUGGCAUAUUACUUGACUGAUUCGAAACCCCCGAUUUCCAAAGACUCACCCAAAAAGUCAAGCAAGAAGGAGAAGCGGAGGAAAAAGGAGGAAGAGAAAAAGUCUGCAGAUGUGGAAAAGGCGGAACCAAAGCCAAAGGCGCCAACCGUCGAAUCCGUCGAUGAGCUUCCAGAAGUGGAUGAGAACACAGUUGGAGACCUCUCAGAACAGGACAGAAAAGACUAUGCUGCCAAGCUGAAGGCUGCCGGAAACACGGCUUACGGAAGUAAAGACUAUCCAAAAGCCAUCGACCUGUAUGGUAAAGCCAUUCUCUGCAAGCCGGACCCAAUCUUCUACUCGAAUCGUGCAGCCUGCUUCAACGCCCUUGGACAAUGGGAGAAGGUUAUCGAGGAUACGACUGCUGCUAUCAAUCUAGACAACGAAUACGUCAAAGCCCUGAACCGAAGAGCCAACGCGUACGAGCACCUCGAAAAGUUCAGCGAAGCUCUACUUGAUUUCACCGCAAGCUGUAUUAUCGACGGCUUCCGAAACGAAUCUAGUGCACAAUCUGUUGAGCGUCUACUCAAGAAGGUGGCAGAGGCAAAGGGGAAAGCGAUCCUAGCUACAAAGGACAAGAGAUUGCCCAGCCCAACCUUCGUCACCAACUACCUCCAAAGUUUCCGAGCUCGACCUCCGCCAGCUGGCUUGGAGUUGGAUGCUGAAAUUUCAGAAGAUACUGGCAAAGGACAGCUCCAACUAGGUCUGCGAUCAAUGGAGAAGAAGACUGGAGACGGCUACGAUGAGGCUGCAGCUGCUUUUGAUAAAGCCUUAGAAAUUGGUGGUUUGGAGGAGCAUGAAGCAUUUGCUUACAACAUGCGCGGCACAUUCAAAUACCUUCGUGGUGAGAAUGUAUCUGCGUUGGAGGAUCUCACCAAGAGCGUCGAUCUGCAACCAUCUUUGACACAGAGCUUCAUCAAGCGAGCAAGCAUGCACUUGGAAUUAGGCAACAAGGACGCUGCGGCAGAUGACUUCGAGAAGGCUAUGGCACAGAACAAUGAUGAUCCCGAUAUCUACUACCACCGUGCCCAGCUACACUUUAUCCUAGGCGAAUUCCCAGAAGCUGCUAAAGACUACCAAAAAUCGAUCGAUCUGGAUAGAGACUUCAUCUUUUCACACAUCCAGCUUGGUGUUACACAAUACAAAAUGGGAUCCAUUGCGUCGUCAAUGGCUACAUUCCGAAGAUGUAUCAAGAACUUCGAUAAGGUGCCCGACGUGUACAAUUAUUACGGAGAGCUGCUGCUCGAUCAGCAAAAGUACCAAGAAGCUAUCGAGAAGUUCGAUACUGCAGUAGAGAUGGAGAAGCAGACUAAGCCCUUGGGGAUGAAUGUCCUGCCGCUGAUCAACAAGGCACUGGCUCUCUUCCAAUGGAAGCAGGACUUCGCCGAGGCGGAGAAACUAUGCCAGAAAGCCCUGAUCAUUGAUCCUGAAUGUGAUAUUGCCGUUGCCACUAUGGCACAGUUGUUGCUCCAGCAAGGCAAAGUGACGGAAGCUUUGAAGUACUUCGAGCGUGCUGCUGAAUUGUCCCGAACUGAAGGAGAGAUUGUGAAUGCGUUGUCAUACGCCGAAGCCACUCGAACACAAUUGGAAGUUCAAGAAAAGUAUCCACAGCUUGCCAACAGGCUGCAAGGGAUGGGUGGGGGGUUUGCUGGUCCCAUGCGUUAAGUGUUGGCGCUUGUACCCAUUGGCAGGUUGGACUGUGUUGACGAUAGAUGGCUUCUUGGGAUGCACACGGCUGAGCAGCGGUUGGAAAAACUGCAUACAACGAUUGCACUUGUAACUAAUACUCCACUUCACUCGCGGAAGAGUGUGUAUAGUAAAGAUGAAUGACGCACUUUUCAGUCAAUUUCGCCUUGUGAAGGCUGAAUCUUCAAGUCAGAUGUGUAUGUUGAGGGUUACCAUUCGGGUCUCUAGGAAUAUUGGGAUUUCCAACAAG